AUAAGAAGGGGUUCCACUUCACAGCUGCAGUGUGUGUUGCUGUCCGAGAACACAAAUAUGAAACUCUUUGUUGUGUUAGCGGCACUCCUGGCAGGCUGCCUGGCCCAGAAGCCUCACCCAUGCAAAAGUCCUCCACUGCUGAGCGGGGGUCUCUAUGUGACCACACAGAAUGAAAGGGCGUUCGUCUUGGCCGGAUACCUGUAUGAUGCACUGGGAGAGCGGUUCCGGAUCUAUGAGACGGGCACCCUGGAUAAUCAGACCUUCACAUACGACUAUCUUCUGUACUACAGAGAGCAAGUUGUGUAUCAGAUCGACGACAAAGGCCAAACCUGCACUAAAAGCCCUCUGAAGGCGGACUUCCCUUUCUUGGGUAUCCCAGGAGAUGCAUCCUUCGUGGCCCAGACUGUCCUGGGUGACUCAUCUAGACCUGGGGAGGGACUCCUGGUCAACACUUGGACAGGAAAUGCGGCUAAGCAAGAAGAAAGGUACAUGGCCACAGUGACCGAGUUUGGAUGCAUUCCUGUCACAAUUGCAGAGCAGACCAAAGAGUAUGGAUGGGUGACAACGAGCUACUUUGACAACGUCAUCGGGAUUACAAACCCCGAUCUGCUCAACCCUCCAUCCUUCUGCCCGGACGCAGACACGAAGACUGACGAGGAGCCACUUGACUUCUUCAAAAUAUUGUUUCGAAAGAAUUGAGAUGCCUCUUUCAACCAGCGUGUCCAACCUGUUUCAAGAUAUUUAAUAAAUCAAACUGAGCCACUGAA